UAUCGUUCCACCCAUUUGGCAGAUGAGGCCACUGAGGCCCACAAGAUAGCAUGCGUGGCUGAUAAGCCCAACCGUUCCCGGCACUGUGCCGUGACGUGAUGUUCCUGCCCAUUUCUUGUCCUCGCAGGUUCGGGGCGCCUGCCCCCCACUAGGUCAAGUGGAGGGGGGCCCCCCGCUCAAUGGGCCUGGCCAGGGCCCUGCGCCGCCUGAGCGGCGCCCUGGAGUCGGGGGACAGCAGGACAGGCGAUGAGGAGGAGGCCGGGCCUGGGCUCUGCCGCAACGGGUGGGCGCCAGCUCCACUGCCGUCGCAGGUUGGCCGACGCCGCGGGCGCUUUGUCAAGAAGGACGGGCACUGCAACGUGCGCUUCGUGAACCUGGGUGGACAGGGCGCGCGCUACUUGAGCGACCUGUUCACCACGUGCGUGGACGUGCGCUGGCGCUGGAUGUGCUUGUUCUUCUCCUGCUCCUUCCUCGCCUCCUGGCUGCUCUUCGGCCUGGCCUUCUGGCUCAUCGCCUCCCUGCACGGAGACCUGGCCGCUCCGCCGCCGCCCGCGCCCUGCUUCUCCCAGGUCGCCAGCUUCCUGGCUGCCUUCCUCUUCGCGCUGGAGACACAGACGUCCAUUGGCUACGGCGUGCGCAGCGUCACCGAGGAGUGCCCGGCCGCCGUGGCUGCUGUGGUGCUGCAGUGCAUCGCCGGCUGCGUACUCGACGCCUUUGUCGUGGGCGCCGUCAUGGCCAAGAUGGCCAAGCCCAAGAAGCGCAACGAGACGCUUGUCUUCAGCGAGAAUGCCGUCGUGGCGCUCCGGGACCACCGCCUCUGCCUCAUGUGGCGCGUCGGCAACUUGCGCCGCAGCCAUCUGGUUGAGGCCCACGUGCGGGCCCAGCUGCUGCAGCCCCGUGUGACCCCAGAAGGGGAGUAUAUCCCACUAGACCACCAGGAUGUGGACGUGGGCUUUGAUGGAGGCACCGAUCGCAUCUUCCUCGUGUCUCCCAUCACCAUUGUGCAUGAGAUCGACUCUGCCAGUCCUCUGUAUGAGCUAGGACGUGCUGAGCUGGCCCAGGCUGACUUCGAGCUAGUGGUCAUUCUCGAGGGUAUGGUUGAGGCCACGGCCAUGACCACACAGUGUCGCUCAUCCUACCUCCCUGGUGAGCUGCUCUGGGGCCAUCGUUUUGAGCCGGUCCUCUUCCAGCGUGGCUCCCAGUAUGAGGUGGACUAUCGCCACUUUCAUCGCACUUAUGAGGUCCCAGGGACACCUGUCUGCAGUGCCAAGGAGCUGGAUGAACGGGCAGAACGGGCUUCCCACAGCCUCAAAUCUAGCUUCCCAGGUUCUCUGGCUGCAUUUUGUUAUGAAAAUGAACUUGCUCUGAGCUGCUGCCAGGAGGAAGAGGAGGAAGAGGAGGCCAAGGAGGGGAAUGGGGCAGAGACAGAAGACGGGGCUACCAGUACCCGAGUUCUCACGCCAACUUUGGCACUGACCCUGCCUGCAUGAUGCAAGCUGAUGUCCCCUUCCCCAUUUGUGUCCCCUUCCCAGAGCUAGCAAGAUGGAGAGAUCGGUCCCUCUUCUGGGAUGGGGGCAGGUGUUUCCCAAGACCAACAAGCCUGCUGGGUAAAUUAUCAGCUGGUGAGUUUCUCCAUGCGGGUGGACCCACCAAGGACAUAAUGGACGUUAAUUCCUCUGCUUCUGGGCUCCCUCCUGAGACCCCUUUAUGAGCCCAAUUCCUGAGUCUCACCAGAGCUGAAGGAUCCAGAAUUCUGGACUAUCCAAUAGGCAAGGAUUGGUAAUUCUAGAUUCCUGCACAUGGCUGGGCCGGAGUUGUUGAGCAGGGUCAUAAAUCAGUGGCAUAGACCACCUCCAGGGUAGGAAGUUAGCAGUUCCAAACAACAGUAAUCAGAAGUUUGUAGGUCUGGAUUGACCUAAGAUUGAAGGGACUGUUGCUUCUUGACUCAGCCAACCAAGUAGUAAAUCAUUUGUUCUAGACCACCAAAGGAGGUUGUGGAAUGCCCCAAAUAUUCAAGAUCACCUUGAUUGACCAAAGA